CUACGCGUUGCGCAGUGGCCAGAAUAACAUGAACUACUCCGUAUGCUGGGACUGCAGUAUGCUCUUAGGGGUGAACAUCCGCACCUCACAGCGACGGCUUUAAAUUGUGGCUAGCUGUUAAAGUCUACCCCGCCUCAAACAUCUCACGUCUGCGUCGCUCUACCAACACCCAUUAUUUGCUAAACUGGAGGUUCCCUUUCACCGACUAGCCACUACAAAAUCAUCACAACACAUCGCUGAUUCAUUUCCUUCUUCUUUUCUUCUCUAAUCGAUUCCUCUUUGUGUGUAGAAUCCCUUAGACCUAGUCGAUUCGAUUCGGGACAGGCCCCUUACAUCAGGGCGGCAAAAUAUAACAUUACUUCAGUGCUCGAGGUUUCUUCUAUUCUCAAUCAGGCAAAGGUUGGAUCUAAUAAAUUAUGACAGACUCUUUCUUCUGAUGAGCAAUUAGUGCUAACUUCUGAAUUUCAGGAAUCCGCCACUAUGCGACUUCUGGUCGGUCUUGUUGCAGCUUCCGCUCUGCUUACCACUCCAACUCUUGCCGAGGUUAUGAUCAUCUACCACACUCAUACCGCAAGCCUGAGGGACGCGGUCGCGAUUAGGGCACAGCAGGCUGGAUGUUCGUUUUUUAGGACAGCCCCGGCUGUUGGUAGUCUCACCGGCUGGCUGGUUGUUGUGACGGGUUGCCCUAGGCUACCAGAGGGCACGCCUGGGGUUGAGAUAAUUGGGCGGACACUUCAGUGAUGGUUGUGUGCGCCCGGUUGCUCAAGCUGAGUGAGGAUUGCAACAUGUCUAUCAGGCAAGGCCAAGGAGCUCUGACCUGAAUCUGCAGUUAGUGUGUAAAGAAAUAACAAUAAGCCGGCUGAUGAACUAAGUGUUAUAAACCCACGCAUAUUUUCUACUGCUCAGUCUGAGAUAUUGGGUAUGCGAAUGAUUGCAGUCGUGUGGAGAGCAGCUCAUGUGCAAUAAGGAUCGAAAAUCUAAAGACUGACUUUAUGUUAUGUACUAGUGUAGGUGCUUGACAUGUAC